UUAUCUUUUAAACGCUUGUUGAAGAAACAUGUCGCUGGAAACUAUUCCAAAGGAUCCUAACAGAAACCUCCGAGCCUGUUUGUUCUGUUCACUUGUAAAGACAUUUGACCAAUUUGAACUGGAUGGCUGUGACAACUGUGAAGAACAGUUACAUAUGAAGAAUAACAGGGAUGCAGUGUAUGACUGCACUAGUGCUAAUUUCGAUGGAAUGGUAGCCAUGAUGAGUGGUGAUGACAGCUGGGUGGCUAAGUGGCAAAGGAUAGGUCGGUUUGUAAAGGGCUGUUAUGCCUUGUCUGUGACAGGACGGCUUCCUCCGGGAAUUGUCAGGGAGCUGAAGAGGAAAGGAAUCAUGUACAGACCUCGGGAUGUUAGUCAAAAACUAUGAUGUGUAAAAUCCAGAUGAUGGAUGUUGUGUAAAAGUCAGAUGAUGGAUGAGUCAGAUGAUGGAUGUUGUGUAAAAGUCAGAUGAUGAAUGUUGUGUAAAAGUCAGAUGAUGGAUGUUGUGUAAAAGUCAGACAAUGGAUGUUCAUGUCAAUUUUAAUGAGAGUUUAAGGGAUUUCAUACAGGACUCGUGAUAUUGAGUGGAAACAUGAGUAUGAAGACAAAACAGGAAUGUGUGCAUAUGAUAUAUAAUGUCACAGUAUGUGUGUGAAGGUGUCCAUGUGUGGGUGUCAGCAAUUACUUUUGUAAGGGUAUUUGAAUGUGUGUGCAUAUGAAGCUGUGUAGAACUGAAUUAACUUUGUUAGCCUGAUGAGCAUAUAUGUGUCUGUGAAUCAGUGUUUUAAAAAACUUGUUGUGUACGGAAAGAGAUACAAUAUAUGAUCUGAUUAUACUUUCUUCUUGAAGUGAAAUUCCUAUUUGCUCUCUUUGAAAAUACUUUAAUACUGGUAUCAUAAACAAAAUUGGUAAAUUAUUCCUUCUGAAAUUUUGAAGGAUACAUCAGUGUUUCAUACAUAUUUUGUAUUUAAAUAAUUAUCUUGUAGACAGGUUGCAAGUAAAAACCAAAUUAAAACAUUGUAUGAGUGAAUAAUGUGAACAGAAUUUGUACAUUUUAUUUUGCUUGGUGAGCAAAAUGUUGACAUUACUUCUACAUUAGCGUGUGUAACUGACAAGAAACAGUCAAAUCUUUGGUAUAAGUUUCAUAGGUGUAUAAGGCAAACUUUUUUAACAAAAUAUUUAGUAUUUUCAUGCAAAAAGUUGUAUGUGAUUAUGUAACAGAUGGUGAAAUAAAAACUGGAAAUGAU